AUGUUUGCGAGCCAUCCUCUCUUUUCGACUUGCAAGCGUGCUGCGGUCGACUCAGUACAUCGGCUUCCACGAAGCUUGAGCCUACGUACACCGUCAGCUCCCAACCCUCUCUACCAAAAAAACUUAUUUUCAUCCAUUUCUUCCUCGGCGCAAAAACAGCUCGGUCCCAGCGAUGGGCCUGCAGACAGUUCGGAUGCGCAAAAACAACGGCGCCGGAGCAGCAGAGGACCGGCUGUUCCGACUUCGCUAAGAAGAGUCGCAGUUGAAGCACAACGAUCAAAAGAUGGAUUCAUCUCGAAACCCCAGCUGAAAGAGCAUGGCGUCCCUGAUCACACAAGGGUUGUCACUGCCUAUGCUGUCGCUGAAAAGUUCGACAUCCGCCAAGUCCGAGAAAUCCUUCAGGACAAGGGUUACGAACCAGAUCCGCUGGGUACGGGGUUGUACCCGCAGGUGGUACAUGUUCAGAUACCGAUAGAUUCAAUUCGACGGGUUGGAAAUCCUUCUACGGAUGAUCUUCCAGCUGACCAGGUUGGAGAUGUCUUUGUCUUUCCAUCCGGGACAGUGGUAGCAUGGUCACUUCCAGAGGGUUUCACAUCCUUUCUCGCAACCAGAACGCUGCUUCCUGCGGCAGAAGGGGCCCAUGUGGAUAAUGUGGAGACGGAAGACCUCGAAUUCGUGGAGGACGCCUCGCGCGAGAACAGUGUCAUCAAGGGCGACACCAUCAUUCUCGGCACUCGAUCGAGUAGUCAAGCCCUUCAAUCACUCCGUGGAAGUCAACAAUCCAUCGACACGGUAUUGACCAAGGUUGCCUUUUCGUCUGGCCUCGCACGAAGUACCAAGCUUGCUGUUCUCGAAAGCCUGCUGUCAAAUUAUUUUGAAUCCACGCGAAGUAUUCCAACUCUGCUUUCCAAGGGCUCGCGUCUUCCAUAUACGCGAGACUUCAUUCUGCGCAAAACCGGGCAGCUACUCAGCGUUCGCGCGCAGCUCAAUCUUUAUUCGGAAUUGACAGACUCUCUUCCAGACCUCUUCUGGGAUAGUCGGCAUGACCUUGGUCUAGAAGGAUACUAUGAGCAAGUCGGUCGGGCUCUGGAUGUGGGAAUUCGAAUCAAGCUUCUAAAUGAAAAGAUGGACUACGCCCAGGAAAUUGCAAGCGUGCUUCGUGAGCGUCUCAGUGAGACGCAUGGACUGCGAUUGGAGUGGAUCAUUAUACUCUUGAUUGCUGUCGAGGUUGGCUUUGAGGUUUUGCGAUUGUGGAAGGAGAGGAAGCAUGGGCAGGAAGAGGUUCUGCACAAGCGGCAACCGGAGUCUGAAGGAUCAUGA